AUGAACCCGCUGCAGUUUGUGUACCGGCCUGGCAUCAGAGUGGAGGACGCCGUCAUCUACCUGCUGCACCGCUCACUGUCUCACCUGGAGAACCCCGGCGGCACUGUGAAGAUUCUCUUCUUUGACUUCUCCAGUGAGAUCGCACACCUGCUGCUACCUGUGAGGAGGCGGGGCUUAACGACACUUCCUCUGCUCCUUCAUUACCCUGCCGAAGGCUUGUUUUGCAAACUAGAUGGAGAAACAGUGAUUUGGAUGAGUCGAAUGGGUUGUGGGUAUGGUAAAGUUAUGCCGGAGGGGUCUAAGGUGGGCUAUGUGAGCGUGGUGCGGUCUUUAGUGGCUUUCACGCGUGUGGAUAGAGAUGAAACGGAGAAGAAACCAGAAAAACGCAAAAUGUUUUGGUUUGGAGCUAACACCAAGAAUCGUGAACAAAAGGAGCGUCGGCUGUCGCAAAACAUGAGAGAUACAGGACACAGGCUUAAAACUAAAACGUAUAAGGACAAGUUUGAUCCAAGAGUCACUGCAAGGUACGAUAUCAAGGCUCUGAUUGGCCGAGGCAGCUUUAGUCGGGUGGUCCGCGUGGAGCACAAAGGAACCCACCAACCCUUCGCCAUAAAAAUGAUGGAGGUGGAAUUUCCCGAGGGCCGUGAAGUGUGCACGACCGAGCUGACCGUGCUAAAGAGAGUCAGCCAUCCAAACAUUGUCCAUAUGGUGGAGGUGUUUCAGUUCCCCCAUAGAGUUUACAUGGUGCUGGAGCUAGCUACCGGAGGAGAACUGCUGGACCGAGUAGUCAGCAAGGGUCACUUUACAGAACGCGAUGCUACCAAAGCUAUCAAAAUGGUGCUAGCCGCUAUUAGCUAUCUCCACAGUCUUGGUAUAACGCAUAGAGAUUUGAAGCCAGAGAAUUUGCUGUACUACCAUCCAGGAUCAAACUCGAGAUUGCUAGUUACUGAUUUCGGCUUGGCCAUGUUUAGCGAUAAAAGGAGUGAUUAUUUGGCUAGCAGUGAUAGUACUAGCGUGGAUACUUCUUGGUCUUUGCGAACUACUUGUGGGACGGCGGAGUACAUGGCCCCUGAAAUGGUGCAGAGGAAACCCUAUUGGAGCGCGGUGGAUUUGUGGGCGAUGGGAGUGAUUUCGUUCAUUGUUCUGAGUGGGUCCAUGCCGUUUGAAGAUGACAGUCGAACUAAACUGUACCGGGCCAUAAUGAGAGGGAAAUACAGCUACAGCGGAGAUCCCUGGCCCUGUGUGUCUAACCUGGCCAAAGACUUCAUCUCUGGCCUUCUCCGGGUGGACCCCAGCUCUCGCCUCACCGCGGAACAGGCGCAGCAGCACCCAUGGGUGGCUUCCGAAGCAGCCACCUCCUCCUGCACCAACCUGCACCGGCCCAUCUCACACAACCUGAGACAGAGGGCGUCCCGCGACAGCUCCAGAUGCCACAGCGGUGGAGGGGGGCAUGGCAGCCUGCAUGUACAUUAUGGGAGACAGAGCUCCCCAAUGGAUGAUAAUGAUGCCACUCCACAUCUGGAUCUCAUCUCUACAGGGAUCUCCUCCCAGACCUAA